ACUGAACACAGUUGAACCAAGCCUGUACUCACUACCCACCAACAGCAGGCUGAUUGGUUUAAAUUACCACGUUUGGGAUGUUUUGUUGGAAGACGCUGAAGAGGAAACGUGAUAGGAAUUUUGCUGUUUUCUAAUAAUAAAAAGAACUUCUUUAUCGCUCUACGCACUGCCCACAACGCUGCAGUUGAGGUACUUCAAAGAAGCUUUUAUUCUGCCCCUGGAUUUUAAAGUUUACCGUCGCCAUGGGGGAUGUGAUUUCGAGCCAUUUGGACGAGGGCAAGCGUGGGAUGAUUACAGCCCGCACCAGAGCCGUGUUGGAUGAGUUUGGGAAAGUGUAUGAACAGCAGUAUGCAGUGGCUCUCUUUAACAGUGUGCGUUUUGAGAUAGAAGGUGGUGGAGGCCCACAGUCACAACUGCUACACCGCAAGGAUCCCCUGAAAGACAAAUCCAUCUUCUCUGGAGGCCUGUACCAGUACCUUGAGGAGAACAAGAAAUGGCGUAACCGUUUCCUUUACGUGGCUGAAUCCUACAACAUCAGCUUCUAUGAAAAUAAACAGGCUCACGACAGAGGACUUCAGCCCAAGGGAAUCAUCAACUGUGCAGGAUACAAAGCCUUGUCCUCCAUGGAAGAAUAUUUGGAGCUAAUCAACAGCAGCCUGCCAGGACUGAAGGCCAAAGCCAAUAGCUCUCCGUUUCUGAAGACUACCACACGCUUCCCUCUCAUCCUCUGGCAUCCAUAUGCCCGACAUCACUUCUUCUGUGUGAUGACUGAGAAAGAGCAAAAGAAAUGGCAUGCCGUCUUUCAGGACUGUGUCAGACACAGCAACAAUGGUCUGUCAGACGAUUACACAGUGUUGACCCCCGCAUUCACAGACUCACUGCGGCUCUACAGACAGUCUAAGGGUCACUAUGGUACGUGGGACAUGAUGUGCGGAGAGCCACCACAGAUUUUGGCAAACUUGGUAAUGGAGACGCUGCAUCCUGAGCUACGAGACCUGAUCGUACCGCGACUGAAAGGAAAAACUCAACAAAGACAGAGAAACUGGAUGCUGAUUUCAGAUGCAGUGUACAGGCAGGUUCUGUCUCAGACCAGGGCGAGGUACGAGGCCCUGGUGCAGGUGUGUGAGGGACAGCGCCCGCUAAUGGAAGCUUCUCUACGAACAGACAUGGAUCAGAUCAUUACCUCUAAGGAGCAUGUUUUUGGAAAGAUCCGGGCACUGGUCUCACCCAAAGCGGAGCAGCUCAAGAGAACCAAUGUGCAGCCCUACAUCAAUUCCAUCCUGGAGGCCCUGAUGGAGCCCACAAGCCGAGGGUUCUCUGAGGUUCGAGAUACUUUUUUCCGUGAGCUGGUGGCGGUUAGCAAGAACACACUGAACGAUGGAGGGAAGAAGAAAAUGGCAGAGCACAUGGACAGGAUCUCCAUGCUGGCUUUCCAUCCUGUGAAGAUGCAGAGCGCAUAUGAGAAAGUGGAGCAGCUGAGUCUGGAGGGCCUGCAACAGAGGUUUGAUGUGUCCGGCCAGUCUGUGUUUGUCCACAGAGCACAGAUCCUCAUGCGAGAGCAAAUGGACAAUGCUGUGUACACAUUUGAGCAGCUGCUGAAGCAGAGCCUGGAUGCCAGUGGAGGAGAAGACCUCUGUAAGACCAUUCAGCGCUGUCAGGAUCGAGUCCUGAAGAAAUACGAUUAUGACAGCAGCACCGUGCGUAAGAAGUUUUUCAGGGAAGCUCUCCUGCAAAUCAUCAUCCCUCACAUGCUGAAACAGCUCUCCCCAUCCUUCACCACGGAUCUACCAAAGUUCCAGGAGCUCAUUUUUGAGGAUUUCUCCCGCUUCAUCCUGGUAGAGAAUGUCUUUGAGGAAGUGGUCCUUCAGUCUGUCAUUAAAGAUAUCAAGAUGGCUGUGAAAGAAGCAGCAGUUCAGAGGAGACACAACCUCUUCAGGGACAGCAUUGUCCUCACCAACAGUGACCCCAAUCUGCAUCUUCUGGGUGAAAACACCAUUGACUGGGAAGGCCAGUUAAGUGGCGUGGAAACCAGAGACAACACUGACGGGCAGAAUAAGAAACGGAGACAGAUAGUCUCCAUGAUCCAGUUGGAAGGGAUGCCGCUCUUGCCCUAUGAGUCGUGUCUGGAGGUGCCAGGGGUAGAGGGUAUCCCAGAGGAGAAUGAGGGGCAGGAUGAGGAUCCUGGGUCUUCAGACGAACCCUGCACCCCUACAGAAUCAGCGUCCAUCAAAAACCCUGAGUCCCCAGACAGUGUGCAGGAGAUUCGUGCAUUGAUCAACCCUGUGGUUGAGGUUGUAGUCCCCAACAGUGAGAAGGAAAACCCACUGCUAACCAAUGGGACGGUGGAACUAGAGGAGGUGGAGGAGGUCACCACCAGAGUAAAGAAUUCGGUGUCAAAAGGCGACACUAACGGUUUGCCACAGGAUGAGAAUCACGUGAGUCUGGAAAUCGUCCACAGUCCAAACACGGCGCAGAUCAAAGAAGUGAAGGAGAACGUGUCGGCCAUUGAAAGCGCUAUACAGGAAAUAGAGAUCGCUGUGCAGGAGAACGAUUCAGAGCUACUCGCUGUAGAUUCAGACGUUGAGAUAGCUCAGCCUUCCACUGACUCCAAACCCCAUAACUAUGAUGAUAGCGGUUUCCAGUCUCCAAGCAAUGAAGCAGCAGAAGAAGAAGUAUCGCAACCAAUCACAGAGCAGCUGGAUGCAGAGGGUGACGCAGCUGAUCCUGACCAUAUAGUGGUGGCACUGUAGUAAGGAGAGGAUAGAGUGCACAUGACAAAGACAGGGAGGGAGGAAAGAGGAAAGGAAAACCUACAUAGUGUGAGUUGGACAUUGGAUUUUUUUUUUUUUAACUGUUUCUCAGCAUGACUUUUUUUGGGUUACG